UCGAACUAUUAUCUCAAGGGCUACAGCAUAUAAUUCCCCACUGGGCUGGACCUCUAGGCGGCAGUGGUCAUAUUGAUCUCCUUGCCGGAUAUUUCCUACCCAUCAUGAAGAAAGGGUCAACUACUUCUAGGUUCUCAAUCGACUUACUCGACCGAAUACACACUAGCCAUCCUCCGGACGACGUGUUCAACUAUAUCAUUCGUUGGAAACGUACUACAAGUUUAAAGUAUUCGCUUGAUCAGUGGGGAGAUUACGUCAACUCAUUACUGCAAACAAGUGGCAAGGUGAUGAAUGCGGCUGGGCAACAUAAUAGUGGUGUGUUAGGUGCUGCCUGCCUUGCUUUCAAGCGCCUCAUUACGAGCAAGUUCAAUCCCACGGAUG